AUGCUAGCUCUAAAGCUUCAAAAGAAGUUCACAGGGCUCUCCAAUGAGGAGAUUCUUUCCCUCACGGAUCAGUUUAACAGGCUGGACGUCGAUGGAAAAGGCUACUUGGAUCAAGCGGCUACCAUCAAGGCUUUUGAAGAUUCAAAAAAGGGCUCGUACGAUGAAGUACGCGAAGCGAUUCGGGAGGUCGAUAUAGAUUCGUCCGGUCGUGUUGAAGCUGAAGACUUUGUAGGGAUUUACGAUGCUUUAAAGAAAGGUGUUGAAGGCACUGAGGUAAGAAAGGGCCGUAUCACUAUUAAAGGUUCUUCUUCUAGUGUCUCCCAUACGAUCAACGAGGAAGAACGCCGAGAAUUCAUAAAACAUAUAAAUUCUGUUCUUGUCGGCGAUGCUGAUCUUGGCGAACGUAUCCCCAUCAAUACGGAGACUUUUGAGUUUUUUGACCAAUGCAAAGAUGGUUUGAUUUUGUCCAAACUUAUUAAUGACAGUGUGCCAGACACCAUUGAUGAACGUGUUUUGAACAAAUCAAAGAAUAAAAAACCCCUUGACAAUUUCAAAAGCAUUGAAAACAAUAAUGUCGUAAUCAACUCUGCCAAAGCCAUGGGUGGUAUUUCCAUCACCAACAUUGGUGCUGGAGAUUUAUUAGAAGGUAGAGAACAUCUCAUUUUAGGUCUCGUCUGGCAAAUUAUCCGUCGUGGUUUGUUGGGUAAAAUCGAUAUUACCCUUCAUCCCGAAUUGUACCGCCUUUUGGAAGAAGACGAGACUUUAGACCAGUUCCUUCGUCUUCCCCCUGAGAAAAUUUUGAUUCGUUGGUUCAACUUCCAUUUGAACGCUGCGAACUGGCAUCGCAGAGUCUCCAAUUUCUCUAAGGAUGUUUCCGAUGGUGAAAACUAUACUGUCUUGUUGAACCAAUUAGCCCCUGAACUUUGCUCACGUGCUCCCUUGCAAAUCCAAAAUGUUAUGCAACGCGCUGAAAAGGUUUUAGAAAACUCAGAGAAGCUGAACUGUCGCAAGUAUCUCAGUGCUACUGCUAUGGUUGCCGGCAAUCCAAAACUGAACUUGGCCUUUGUCGCUCAUUUGUUUAACACUCAUCCUGGAUUGGACCCCCUGAACGAAGAAGAGAAGCCAGAGAUUGAACCGUUUGAUGCCGAAGGUGAGCGCGAAGCUCGUGUAUUCACUUUAUGGUUGAAUUCUCUUGAUGUCGUCCCCAGCAUUCAUGAUUUCUUCAAUAAUUUGAGAGAUGGUUGCAUUUUGUUGCAAGCUUAUGAUAAAAUUACUCCAACCACUGUCAAUUGGAAGAGGGUAAACAAACCCCCAGCUUCUGGUGACGAAAUGUUACGAUUCAAAGCCGUGGAAAACUGCAACUAUGCAGUUGAUUUAGGUAAAGAACAAGGGUUUUCAUUAGUCGGUAUCCAAGGAGCCGAUAUAAAUGAUGGCUCUCGUACUUUAACAUUGGCUUUGGUUUGGCAAAUGAUGCGCAUGAAUAUUACCAAGACCUUGCAUAGUCUUAGCCGUGGUGGUAAGACUCUUUCAGAUGGUGAUAUGGUUGCUUGGGCAAACUCUAUGUCUGCUAAAGGAGGAAGAGGUUCACACAUUCGUUCUUUCCGUGAUCCUUCAUUAUCCAAUGGAAUCUUCGUCCUUGACGUACUUCAUGGAAUCAAAAGUGAAUACGUUGACUAUAGUCUCGUUACUGAUGGCUCUACUGAGGAAUUGGCCGUUCAAAAUGCUCGUUUGGCUAUUUCUAUUGCUCGUAAGUUAGGAGCCGUCAUUUUUAUCUUGCCCGAAGAUAUUGUUAAUGUUCGACCACGCCUUAUCCUACACUUCAUUGGAAGCUUAAUGGCUGUCUAA